UUAUCGCAUUAAGUCUUCUUCUUUGUUGAGUAAAUGCGUGGAAGAACUUGGUAUUCCCAUCUCCUUCUUUCAGCCAAUGCAAUCUGGAUUUUUGGAGCCAGAAAAUCUCUUCCUGUUGAUGAGCUUUCUCCAAGUCUUUUCUAGUGUUAUUCCAUUCUUCCCAGGAAGAAUCAGCUUUAUUAGCUCUAAUGUUCUCCAGCUUUUUAGUGAGAGUUUGAAUGACAAUUUGAUUUUUUGUUCUGAACUGCGAACUCCAUAUAAGAGGAGCCAUUCUAGUAUUUUUGAUUUUCUCUUUCAACUUAUAAAACGGUGUUCCGUGAACUGGUUGAGACCAAGCCUGGGCAACAACUUGAGAGAA